GCCCCCCCGGUCUCUCGUCGUCUUUGCCCCGAGACGCCGUUCGUGUGCCCGCUUACUUCGUGAUGCCAUACUGCUCUUGCUAUAGCAUGGGCGGCAGACAAACUGUUGGGCCAACAAAAUCUGCAACGCGACCGAGGCGAUUGGUGGCAACGUCCACUGCGAGGCUGAUGCAUGACAGACAUACCAUGCCGACCGGAUCCUCCAGCUGAUGCCACUUCUCGAACUCGACCGCCGCAAGCAGUCUUUGAGCUCCUCGUCCUGUAUUGUCGUCUGUCUCCCACGUUAGCUCGCCCGCCGUCUACUGCCAUUGCCUUCAAACAGUACCGAGCCAUUGACCGACUCCUCUGUCGCCAUGUCCAAAAAGGACGACACGUUCGACCCAGCGAGCGGCUCGGCCCCGGACCUCCAGAUCCUCGGCGAUGAAAUCACCCUCCAACCGAGCGGCUAUGUCGAGCCGCAGGGUGGUGCCGAGGGCAAGGAGCAGGCUCUGAUGCAUCAGUUUGCUUCCUUCCGCUCUGAGCCUCUACAGUUUCUGCGCGAAGUAUCCCUCUACGUCUCCGGCCAAGGAUGGCGGGCCUACGAUCGAGUCGUCGGGCAGCCCGUAUUCUACCCAGGCUUCUCCGAGAACAUGAAGUCCAUGGUCCUCUCUGCGCCGUUGCUCCAGCAGCGCAUCAGCCAACUCGCCGAAAACCGUGUCACAGUUGAGGAGAAGGAAGGCCUUCUGAACAAGAAUGACAAGGACUACGCCAUCAAGCGCACGCAGAGGCGCAGCGUGCUCGAGAGUAGCCUGCAAGAAGUGGCCGAGAAGCUCACCGACGACAUGAUAUGCAAGAUGGAAAGCAAGACAUUCAUUCGCGGGGCCUACUACCUCGUUACGCAGCUCUUGACUCGCGCAUACCACCAGGGCAUUCAUGUCUCUAGUGAGGAGGUGUUGCGCCUCAGGAAGGUGGCCGACAUUGCUGCCAAAAAGAAGCAGAGCAUCGUCUUCUUGCCUAGCCACCGCUCGCACGUCGACUACGUCUCGCUCCAGCUCAUCUGCUACCGCCUCGGUCUUACCCUACCCGUGGUCGUCGCAGGAGACAACCUCAACUUCCCUCUUGUUGGCAGCUUUCUGCAGCAUGCGGGCGCCAUGUGGAUCCGAAGAUCAUUCGGCGAUGACGCGCUGUACACGACACUUGUUCAGUCCUACAUCGACACGCUCCUUCAGGAAGGAUAUAACUUCGAGUGCUUCAUCGAGGGAGGUCGGUCACGUACGGGCAAGCUGUUGCCACCCAAGUUUGGCAUCCUCAGCUUUAUCCUCGACAGCAUCCUCUCGGGUCGCGUCGAAGACACCAUCAUCUGCCCCGUCAGCACGCAGUACGACAAGGUCAUCGAGACGGAGGGUUAUGUCACCGAGCUUCUCGGCGUGCCCAAGAAGAAAGAAAAUCUGGCCGACUUUCUCUCCGGCGGAUCUUCAGUCCUGUCUUUGAAGCUAGGCCGAGUCGAUGUCCGCUUCCAUGAGCCAUGGAGUUUGCGAAAAUUCAUCGACGACCAGCUGACGCGACUGCCGAGAAUCCCGCCCGGCCUGGACACCGAUCACCGCAACCCCGAAGUCCGCGCCGUCAGGGAAAAGAUCCUGCGUACAAUGGGCUACAAGGUCCUCGGUGACAUCAACGCAGUGUCGGUCGUCAUGCCCACCGCUCUCAUCGGCACGGUGCUCCUCACUCUUCGCGGCCGCGGUGUCGGAAAGCAGGAGCUCAUGCGUCGUGUGGAGUGGUUGACAGAGCGAGUGCGCGCCAAGGGUGGUCGUGUCGCCCACUUUGGCAGCGCGCCGCUGUCAGAGAUUGUGAACCGAGGCCUUGAGGUGCUGGGCAAGGACCUGGUGGGAGUCGUAGACGGGCUGGCCGAGCCAACCUACUACGCCGUCGACCGGUUUCAGCUCUCCUUUUAUCGCAACAUGACGAUUCACCUUUUCAUCUACGAGGCCCUCGUCAGCGUUGCCAUGUACACAAAGGUCAAGCAAGGCGGCGGGCGCGCCAUGCAGGACAUUUCCUACAAGGAGCUCCGCGAUCACGUCUUCUUCCUUUCGUCACUGUUUCGUGGCGAGUUCAUAUUCUCGGCUGCGGGUCUUGAAACCAACCUGGAAACAACAUUGCGCGGUUUGGAGAAUGACCACGUCGUUCGCCUUGACCGCGACCCCGAGGGUAAUUUUACAACGAUCGGCCUCUCCGACCAAGAAAGGAAGGCUGGCCGCGAGAACUACGACUUUUAUUGUUUCCUCAUAUGGCCGUUCAUCGAAGCCAGCUGGCUCGCGGCCGUGUCGCUCAUGGGCUUGACGCCGCCGUUGGAGGAGAAGGAAGACAUUUGGAUUGAGCAGACCAAGGCGCAGAACAGCGCCCAGAUGCUCGGCAAGACACUCUACCACCAAGGCGACCUCUCUUACUUCGAGGCCGUGAACAAGGAGACGCUCAAGAACUCGUACACGCGGUUCGAGCAGGACCAAAUAGUACACGUCGUCAAGUCCAAGGACCCCAAGAUACCGCCGCGCAUCCAGCUCGACCCGGCAUGGCGGCCCUCGCGCGACCCGGAGACGGGCGCGCUCCGGCCCGACGGCAAGCUGUGGGACUUUACCGAGAAGAUGGCCAGCGCGCGCCGCGAGGGCAAGAAUCGCCGUGAUGGCGCCACCGUGAGUUCGCGCGUGCUGCGCCUGACGGACGAGCUCGGGCGCAAGCUCUUUGUCGAUGCCGUCGAAGGCGGCAAGGACGACAAGGGCAAGGGCAAAGUGCCGAGCGUGCUGAGCAGGGAGGAGAAGGAGACGCUGCGCAGGAGCGUCAAGGACGCGCGAAGGAGGAGGAAGGCCGAGGGGCGUCCGAACUUGUAGAGUAUAGCAACCAAUGCGUGAUAGUCACUUGGGGGCGGGGGUUCUUGUACCAUGUUGUUGCAGCACAUGUAUUCUCUUCAUAUACCCAGGAAACGAAAUUCGGUGGACGCGCGCUCGAAGUUGCCUA